GUCAUGGCUCGCGACGUACGCGUUUCCGGGUGGAGGUUUCUGCUCAGGCGUGGAGAGUGAUCCACCACCACGCGCGUGAUCCACCACCUCGCGCGUUGUGAUCCACCACCACGCGCGUUGUGAUCCACCACCUCGCGCGUUGUGAUCCACCACCACGCGCGUUGUGAUCCACCACCACGCGCGUUGUGAUCCACCACCACGCGCGUUGUGAUCCACCACCACGCGCGUUGUGAUCCACCACCACGCGUGAUUUACUCCGUAUCAGCUGAUCCACCCAGGCCAUGCCCGGCAAGUGCCACACGCUCCUGCGGGACUGGCUCGGCAACCUGGCCAACGCGGGGCUCUACGGCGUGGCGUGGGAGGACGACUCCCGUUCCGCCGUGCGUAUCCCCUGGGACAGCACCAAGAAGCGUCUCUCUCGGGACACGGACUCCAUCUUCCGGGCCUACGCGACGAUGAAGGGACGCGUGGACUCGUCGAAGCCGUCCGACUGGCGCCAGUCGCUGCGCUGCGCACUCGAGAGGAUGCUGGAAUGCGAGACGGACGGCGCUAAGCUCAGCCCGCCCGAGCUGUUCCGCGUCUACCGCCUGUUUCCCCGCACGCCGGGCCGGCCCGCACACCCUAGCUGCUCGCUCAACCAGAGAACAGCAGAGGUCUCUCAAGUGCCGGAGUUCCGGGCAAGUGCGAUGUCACAUCUCCAAAACUCGUUUGGCGAGAUGAAUAUCGAGCCUCACGGUGCGACUCUGCUGGCGCGCGGCAUGGGAGAGGACCCCGUGCUGUGCCCGCCCCUGGAGACGACGGGGGUCUUCUGUGGCCCCGAGGUCUGCCUGGCGCCGGGUACCCAGGGAGAGGUGGCCCAUCAUCUGGACCCCUGCAUCGCCCUUCCUCACCACCACCACCACCACCUCCCGGCACCGGGCGAGUUCUACCAAGGCGGGGCCGUCCAGCCCUUCGUGCACGACUCCAACGUGUCCAUGGAGAGCGUGGGAUCCUUCCAGGGGGCGGCAGUAGCACCAGCGGUGAUGGAGGAGUUAAUGCACCGGCUCAAGGUGACCAUCAGCUACUUUGGCCACGUCGUGCUGAUGACGGAGGUGGCCGCCGCCGCCGGGGUGCCGGUGGGCUGCCUCGUCUGCAACGAGGAGUGGGAGCCCAGCGAGGUGGCCAGGUACAGCCUGCCGGGGAUGCCGGAGCCUCACGUGCUGCGCCUGCCGGCGCCACCCCCGCAGCUGGAGGAGGUCAAAAGGGAGGAAGUUGCGGAGAGACUCUCCAUCAUGGGCAAUGGGCUGCUGCUGGAGGCCACGCCGAAGGGGGUGGAGGCCACGCGCCUCUGCCGCUGCCGCGUCUUCUACUCGGGGCCCGGGCAGCACGCGAGCGAGAGGGCCAACGCGCUGACGCGCGCCGACAAAAGGACGCGCGCUCGCACGCUGCUCUACGACUUUGCGGACUUCCUGCAGAAGAUGAGCGCCUGGUAUGACGGUAGCGACGACGCGCGCCGGCGGCCGCCCCCCGACUGCGAUGUCGUGCUGUGCCUCGGCAGCAAGUGGCCCAACGGGAAGGCCGCGCACAACAAGGCCAUCACCGUGCAGGUGACGCACGUCCACUCCGAGAUGCUUCUGGCGACCGCCACCGGCAAGGAAGACCCGGAGCUCUCGGUUCCCAACUCCGCUGACAACUUCCUCUCCAUGAUGCGGCAGCUCCGCCGGUCCGACAGCGUCGAGUCACAGUAAAGCGGGUGGGUGGUGACAGGCCUCACCGGACGGGGCCUGGUGCUCCCAAUACCUUGAUGUAAAUGUGGGAAUCGGCGUUUGUUUUAACGGAAAAAAAUGUCGCGUGAAGGAUGAUGUACAUUAAUAGCAAGGUCUGGUAUGUUAAUAGCAACACGUUGAUUUUUAAUGUUGACAAACACAAAAGUGCACAUUCUCUCUUGUGAAUUAAAACAAACAAUGUUUAUCGUGA